AAGGCGUGGUUGGAGGUGUGUCAAUUAACAAUUUAUUAAUUUUAAUUAGUCACGUGUCUGGGCUGUGUCUUUUCUAAAAAGUUUUUAAAGUCAACAUGUUGGGGUUUUUUAAUCGUAUCAUCGAGUGGUUUAAGAGCCUCUUCUGGAAGGAAGAGAUGGAGCUCACACUCGUGGGACUCCAAAACUCUGGGAAGACUACAUUUGUCAAUGUGAUAGCAAGUGGUCAAUUCAAUGAGGACAUGAUACCCACUGUUGGUUUUAAUAUGAGGAAAGUCACUAAAGGCAAUGUCACCAUUAAAUUGUGGGAUAUUGGUGGACAGCCAAGGUUUAGGAGCAUGUGGGAGCGAUACUGUAGAGGAGUCACUGCUAUUGUAUACAUGAUUGAUGCAGCCGAUCACGAAAAGAUUGAGCCGGCUAAGAACGAGUUACAUAGUCUAUUAGAUAAGCCGCAGCUAGCUGGAAUACCAGUCCUUGUGCUUGGUAAUAAAGUGGAUCUCCCUAAUGCAUUGAGGGAGAGAGAGAUCAUAGAAAGAAUGGGCCUAGGUGAUAUCAAGGACAGGGAGAUUUGCUGUUACUCGAUAUCUUGCAAGGAAAGGGAAAAUAUUGACAUCACACUUCAGUGGUUGAUCCAGCAAGCCAAGAAUCAGAAAUCUUAAAUGUCUUAUUAUUUAAUAAUAAUAAUAAUAAUAAUCAUAAUGAUAUUUACUAUCGCCUUGGGGUAUUGAGAACUUGGUCUACUGGCUGUGAGUGUGUGUGUGUGUGUGUGUGUGAAUUUUUGUAUAAAUAAUAAUUAAAACAUUUUAUGAAGAACAUAUUAUUAUGGUGGUUGUUAUACAAGUAUUGGAUUAGCUGUUCGUAAAAUGCA